CCCCGCGAUAUCUCACACACGGUAGCCGGCACUGGUGUAGGUUGGUUGUCUUUUUUUCCAGGAUCAUGAUGGCGUACGAGACGAAGCUCGAGUUUCGGACCGGAAAUUGGUCCCUCAAGUGGAUCAAGUUCUUCCUGUUCAUGACGAACCUGAUGUUUGUGUUUACCGGAGUGCUGGUGAUUGCGACAGGAGUUGCCGUCGAAUCGGUGUACAAAAAUUUCACCAGCUUCGUCGAUGAGCAAUUCUACUCGCCAACGCUGAUGUUUAUCGCCGUGGGAGUGAUAACGCUGGCGAUUGCAACGUUCGGAUUUAUUGGCACGUUUAGGGAAAGUGCACUGCUGAUCAAUAUCUACUGUGGAAUUCUGACGGUAGUGUUCUUGCUGGAAGUUACGGCGACCUCGGUCGGAAUCUACCACCGUCGCGAGGUAGACGGUAUUCUUAUGCAAACCCUGAACAGUUCGCUUCAGCGUUACCCGUGGAACAGUAACUUGCAAGAAUCGGUUGAUUUCAUGCAGAUUGAGUUGGAGUGUUGCGGUGUAACGAGGUAUCAGGAUUGGGAGGAUGUCUUCGCGGUGGUCGAUCUGGACAGUGGGAACCUACAAGCCGAACUACCAGCUUCUUGCUGCCAACUCUACCAGGAUGGCGCAUGUGUGCCGUUUCAAACUGGAUGCUACCAAAGGAUGAAUGCACUGCUUCGACACUGUCUGAAAACCGUCAUCAGUGGACUAUUGCUCGUUGCCUUCGUUCAGAUUUCCGCGGCGAUGUUCUCCUUCAUUCUUGGCAAGCGGAUAAGACUGAUCAAAACCAGAUGUUCGCUGGAUCGGUCCAAGUAUCAAGAGACAAUAUGUUCGUUCGACUAUCGACGUUUGAACGAGAUUUCGAAUGAAAAACCAAAGAUCUAAGCUUUCAACGUUUUUCGGAGUAGCAAUCCGGAUCGCGUUACCCAAAGUUUACUGCGAAAUUAUAUCCAGCAAACCACCAACGCUAUCUCAGCGCCCGUAUAUCUUAUCACUUAUUUAGAUUAAGAUUAUAAUUACGAUGUCAAAAUAUC